AUGAAAUCAUUAUCGGUAUCUAAAUACUAUAACAAUAAUAGUUUAUUGACCCCAGAUAAACGAUUGGUAUCAUUUGAUAAUAUAACAGAGUAGAUAAACCACUUAAUCAACUUAGAAAAAAGAUGUACUAUCUGUUUAGAGUUAUUUUUCUGAAUAAUCCUAUCUCAAAUCUGAAGCAUCAAAAAAAGAAAUAAUCAGAUUGAUUAAAUCAACUGUUGACAGUAUUGGUAAAAACAUUAGUAUUAAAGAAUUGAAUUUAAUUUUAACUAAAUUACUUGCAGGAUUAAAUUCUUGUAUUAAUGAAUAAGAUAUGUCUCUUAUUCUAAUUUAACUUAUAUAAGCCAUCAAAUAAAUUAUAAAUAAUUAACAAAUCAAUGAAAAAUAAGUCUAAGAUUAAGAAAAAGCAUAAUUGUUGAUUUAAUUAUAAUAAUUAGAAUAAUAAUCUAAGGAUAACUAAUAGUAAUUUUGUAAUAUUUUAUAUUUCAUUCUAGAAAAUAAACUUAAAGAAUAUGAAAUUUAACAAAAAGUACUCAAAAUUUAAGAUGAGUUUAAAUAAAAUCAUAAAAGCUAAACCAAUUCAGAAUAAUAAAAGGAUCGAAAUAAAUUAAAAGAUUAAAUUAAGCUAAUGUAAUAAAAAAUGUUAACAUAAUCAGAGAAGGAACGUAAAUUAAUACAGUUAGUAAAAGCAGUGAAAUCUAGAGGAAUAGAUGUUGAAAAAAUAUACAAAAAUCUCAAUUUUCAAAGUAGUAAAAAUAGCAUGAGAACUAGCAAACAAUCAGAUUCUUAAAAUGAAGAUAUCUCAAUCACUGAAUCAAAUAUGGCAGACAUUUCUUAAUUAGAUUAUAGUGCUGGAAUUAUUAAGAGAAACACUCACUUUGUAAUUGAUUGA